AUGAAGGAGGUUGAGCUAGCCUUGUGGGAUACAGCUGGACAAGAGGACUACGAUCGACUUCGACCUCUCUCCUACCCUGACACUGAUGUCAUCCUAAUGUGCUUCUCCAUUGACAGCCCCGACAGUUUAGAAAAUAUCCCCGAGAAGUGGACCCCUGAGGUGAAGCACUUCUGUCCAAAAGUGCCAAUCAUUUUAGUUGGAAACAAAAAAGAUCUCCGAAAUGAUGAAAAUACAAAACGAGAGCUUAUGAAAAUGAAGCAAGAACCAGUAAGACCAGAGGAUGCUAGAGUGAUGUCUGACAAAAUUGAUGCAUUUGCCUACCUUGAAUGUUCCGCCAAAACCAAAGAUGGUGUUAGAGAAGUUUUCGAAACAGCAACACGUGCCGCUCUUCAACACUGGAAUGAACGGACGGUAGUUGAAAACGAAAUUGUAAAUGAGAUCGACGACUUCAGCAUACUCACGCCACUCGAUGCGGUAUGUCCUGACGAUUGUUCAGGCAAUGGAGACUGUGUAAGUGACAAAUGCAUAUGCCAUCAAGGAUGGUUGAGAGAUAAUUGCGACACACCGGAUUGUUCGUCCCUAAAUGAUUGUAAUGACCAUGGCCAAUGUACUUCUCCGAACUUUUGUAAAUGUCGCACAGGAUGGGGGGGGAAAUCCUGCCACAUAAAUCUUUGUUCGAAAGCUCAAGGUGAAUGUGGGAAAUGCAUACAAGACGACCGUUGCGGUUGGAGUGACCAACCAUCACCAGAGUGCUUACCAGGGGACUACCAAGGGCCCGAUAGCGCUCUCGUUGCUGGAAGUUGGUUUUACUGGAAUUGUUUAACAGUUUCCGAGAGUACUCGAUGCUCAAGUGAAAUAGGGGUCGUUUCGUGCACAGAAGCAUGCGACCGGAGCGCAGAGAACCAUUUGGAGAAGGACUGCUUACAAUGUCUAGAUUUUAAGAAUUGCUACCAGAUCGAAUCGAACUAUACCUGUAAAAUUUGGGACAAUACCAAAUGUCCAGGUGGUAUCCCAGUGCCCGAUUACACAAAUCCAGAUCGCAUACAAUUCACAGAUAUAAAAGAAGACGUGAGGGUUAUCGCAAAAGAAGAAGCGACUGUUUUCUUUUGCCCGACAAAGAUUUCGAGCAAUGAUGUGACUAGUAAAGAUACAAGGACAGACAUAUUUAUUACCCAUUCUGACCUAAGUGAUAAGCUGCAAAGCGGGCAUGUCGUGGCCAGUGCGCAAGCGGGUGGUAUCUUGCACAGAGUAGAAAAUGUCACAACUCUCGAUGGAUUCACACUAUUCUUAGGAAAAUAUGUCUCGUUGGACAGUGUCGUGCUGUUCACUGAUUUUGAAACGCAAGUUGAUCUUGAAGCAGUAGAUGAUGAGGUAACGGUCGAAGAUGAGCCUGUGCCUGAUCUGGUUGAAGACCUUCUUAGUGGGAAUCUAACACUAGCGAAUUCGCCAAACCUUAAACAGAUGAAAGAAAACAACAUCUUUAAGUGCGUUGGACGAGUGUUUGAAGCGCCUGGGGUAACGGACAGUGACCUAUAUUCCGUAUUUCUGGUAAUUCGAAUCAAUGAAGUCUCCAACACAUACACAAUUGGUGAAGUUGUGAUUGGCACUGACAACAGUACUCAAGGUUAUAUCGAAAUUGUGGAAAGAAUAACACCAAUUACUGAUGCAACAUUAGUGGAAACAAGACUUGUAGAUUGUUCCAUAGAUAAAGACAAAAUCACAGAAAUUGUGUCGAACACAAAAACGGAUGAAGCUUCCCGCCAAAGUGGUAAGAGAAUGGUUUGCCCUGGGGGUGAUAACUGGCCAACAAUGCAUUACUUUGAUUCCUCUCUUGAUACCAGCUCUGUUACAAAAGGAGCUCACAUCGUUGGUAGAGCUUCCGGAGCCUUUCUUUUGCAGGUUGUUGACGUAUCAGAGCUGAAUGGUUAUGUGUUUAUUGAGGGACUUCCCGUUACUGAAGAAAUCGAAAACAAUACAUAUGUCCCUAAAAAUAUUACAGCAAUUGCUAGAAAGAAACGAGCAACAUUUUCAAAAACGUUCUCUCCAAGCUGGCGUUUCGGUACACCUUUUACAAAAGAUCUUGGAGGUGGUUUAACAUUGACAUUUUCCCCAACUCUGAUGUUCCGUCCAUCGGUCACGUUUUCAGCUGAGAUUGGAGUGUGGUACCCUUUCUUCCAUAGAAUAGGGGCAACGUUUAGGGGUCAAUUAACAGCUGGGCUAAAGGUGACGGCCACAUUUGAAAAGGAGUGGGAAAAACCAUGGGAAAAAACAUUGAUUGAUAGGACCAUUGGACGGUUUGUUAUUCCUUUAUUUGGAGUUCCAAUACCAGGAAAGAUAUAUUUCAAGCUUGUUUUUAAGUUGGUAGCUUGGGCAGAGUUCAAGGCAUCGGUCACAGGAAGUGUCUCAGCAAGUGCUUUGGCAACCGCUGGUGGAACUUGGACAUACAAGAAUGGAUUAACCAUCCAUAGACCUACCUUUACUCCAACAUUCACUAAGGAUUUUGGGGAAAGAUACAUAAAGAAAAGACUUCGGCUGGAUAAAUUGAGGUGGAUCCUUCCAAAAAGUCUUGAGGAUGCUCUUCUUGGUCCAGAAGGUGAAAUUACUUACAAGAAAUACAGAAAUACUAAUAUUGUUGGCCACAAUGACCGUUGGAUUAAAACAAAUAACAAAGCCAAUGAAGUUCCUUUUACAUUGGACCAAUGCAAGGCCAGUUGCACUGCCAGUGACGAUUGUAAAUCGUUUGAAUGCUGGAAAAGUGGAAGUGGAUGUUGGAGAUGUUCAUUCUCUUUAGAUACUCCCAAGACGGCAACCAGUGAUGUUAAACCUCUUAAUCUGGCUGACCUGUAUGUCAAAGAAGAUCCAGAGGAUGACUUCGAGGCACCAAUUGAUUUAUCGAUUGAAGCUCCCCUCAUAGCCGAGGUAAAAGCAGAGCUGUGCGCUGAGAAUUGUGUUAAUGAACCUGAAAAAGAACUGGGAAUAUCAUUCAAAGCUGGACUGCAAAGAAUCAAGGCUGAACUUGAUCUUGAUGUUAUCGUAUUUGCAAGGAAGUUUCCUAUUUUGGAUCUGGAAACUCCGAAUUUAAUGUUUUAUAAAACAUUAUGUAUACCAUUAGAUAUCCCUGGAAUAAGCUGCUGUAAGUGCAACGAGACAGGGGAAGACGGCGUACUUCACGCUAAAACCAAGGAAUGCCUUUGUAAGUGUACUUGUCCUGAUGGAACACCGAGUGUCAAGAAACAAGGCGGAGAAUGUCUUUGCAAGAAAUGUCCAGAUGGAAAACCUGAAAGACUGAAAGGCGAUGGCUCGGGAUGGUGCCCGUGCCCCUGUUUAGAUGGAAAGCUCAGAGACAAGAUGAAACCUGAUGGAACAUGCGAUUGCUCCUGUCCUUGUGAAGAUGGCAAAACAAUGGAUAUCUGGGAUGAAGAUGGGAACUGUCCUUGUAAUUGUACUUGUAAAGACUGUUCCAUAUCCACUUUAGGACCUGAUGGUUGUGAGUGCUACGAUCGAUGCCCAUGUGGUCAUAAUGAUAAAGGAGUUUGGAUUAACUGUGAAUGCUUCUUAAAGAAGACGGGAUGUGGUGUACCCGAAGCAUUGUGUCAGGGCGCUGAUUGUCUUGUAUGCCAUCGUGAUGUUGAAUGUUGCUCCGAUGAUGAAUGCAGACGAGAGUCAUCAGAUGAUUGUUUCGUUUGCAAGAAUUAUGUCUGCGUUAAACCAGAUCUUCCACUUGCGUGUAAAGUAGAUAGUGAUUGUUGUGGUGAGCGGCCAUAUUGUUGUCACGGAAUUUGCAGUGAAUGCUCCUCGGAUUCUCACUGUAGUGGUACAAACAGAGACAAAUGUGUCAAGGGAGACGUCGGCUACUGGGUGUGCGGUGAUCCUCACUUUGAUGUCCAGUUGAACAAUGGUUUGGAUUCUCAUUUCUGCUUUGACAUCGCUGGUAAUUCUGGAGCCAUAUACCAACUCGUUCAUGAUACUAACAUCGAUAUCAGGAUGAAAAUAUUCAGCCCAAAUAAAAGAUAUAGGGGUCGAUGGGCUAAGGAAAUAGCUAUUGGGACAAACAAUGUUCGAAUCGUAAUCGACAAAAAUGGAAUUCACAAUGGAACAACAAUGUAUAAAUGGGGACCAUUACAACAUAUUGCUAUUGAAGAACCGAGUCAGAUGAACCUGUUAGUUCGAGAGAAUUAUGCAGAAAUUGUGGUGGCAAAGAUCGUUAUUGAAAUUGAAAUUAAACGUGGAAAGAUUCCAAAUUUGAAGUUCAGCAUACAUCAACAAGGCGGGCUAGGGAUUGGCGUUCAUGGUAUUCUAGGUGAUGUAGCCAAUCAAGCAGAGGUCAUCCCUGCUAAUAGCCACAGUAAACAUGGUAACAUAAAGCUGUUUGGCUCACGUUUUCCGAUUGAAGAGAAAGUCAGAAAGAUAAGCGCUGGAAAAUGUUGGUUCCUUAAAGGCCAACAUGGCCAGUUUGACAAAAAGCUUAAGCAAUAUAUUAAGAAGACACUGUUUUAAACAUUGACAGUACUCGUGUGUCAUAUAUAGAUUAAUGAAGAGAAAAUAUAGUAACAGAAAACGUUAAGAUUUAGUAGGCGAUUGUUUUGUUUUUGAAGAAUUACAAUACUUGUUUUAAACACUGAUAUUUUAUUCUAAAGAUAAAAUACGUUUUCUCUACCAUAGAGUUUAUUAUCAAAUUAUACAGUAAACAAUAAAACAUGUAAAUCUGGACAUUUCUUGAUGUGAUGGUUUUUAUAUGUCCAAUUUCUAAGGACAUUGACCAGUUGAUUGUAAUGUUAACAAACCUUGAAAUGGGAACACCUUCUAACCUAAAUGUGUCGUUCAGAUUUUUUUUACUUGAUAUCGAUAUCUAAGAGUAAACAAGCAUUGCCAUCUUUCAAUCGGAGUAAAUAUUAUUAAAUAUGGAGGUUAAGGUCCACAUUUCCUAAAAGAAC